UUGAGCACUCAGAGCAGCUACGAGAGCCAUCUCGAAUCGCACAGACAAAAACUAGAAGAGUCAGAGAGCCCAAGUCAAGUCGGAUUCAGAAGAAACUACUCAACCCUGAAUCGCAUUCAUAUCCUUAAACAAGUAGCCGAAGAGAGUGCCGGAUAUAGGUUCCCUGCCUACGUUGCCCUCUUCGAUUACAAAAAAGCUUUUGACAGUAUGGAGUGGUCCGCAGUGUGGACAGCGCUCGCAAAAAGAGGUGUUCAUCCAGCACUAAUGAUACAAAGACUUUACGAAUCUUCUUCCACGUCGGUUCAUGUUAACUCUCGAACAGUUACAGCCACCAUGCAAAAAGGCGUUGAACAAAGAGACACGUUGAGCCCGAAACUCUUCAACGCCACCUUACAAAUGGUACUUGACUAA